CUUCCGCGCUUCCCUGGACCUUGAAGGGCUGCGGGAGGCGCCAGCAUGGACGCGGCUGAAGUGGAGUUUUUGGCUGAGAAGGAGCUGGUUACCAUUAUCCCAAACUUCAGCCUGGACAAGAUCUACCUCAUCGGGGGGGACCUGGGGCCUUUCAACCCCGGCCUACCGGUGGAGGUGCCUCUGUGGUUGGCGAUUAACCUGAAACAAAGACAGAAGUGUCGGCUGAUUCCUCCUGAGUGGAUGGAUGUGGAAAAGUUGGAGAAGAUUAGGGAUCACGAGCGAAAGGAAGAAACUUUUACCCCUAUGCCUAGCCCUUACUACAUGGAACUUACCAAACUCCUGUUAAAUCAUGCUUCAGACAACAUCCCGAAAGCGGAUGAGAUCCGGACCCUGAUCAAGGAUGUGUGGGAUACUCGCAUCGCCAAACUGCGGGUGUCUGCGGACAGCUUUGUGCGGCAGCAGGAGGCCCAUGCCAAGGUGGAUAACCUGACCUUGAUGGAAAUCAACACCAGCGGGGCUUUCCUCACACAAGCGCUCAAUCACAUGUACAAACUCCGUACAAACCUGCAACCUUCGGAGAGCGUCCAGUCGCAAGACUUCUAGAGAAAGACCCGAAUUUGUAAAGAAAGGCCGGCCGGAGGCGUGCCAGGUGGUAUGUGUGCGUGCCCAAGACGUGGUAGGGGCACUCUGAUUUCUGGAGUGUUCUAGAACCGUUUUUAAACGCCUGAGAAACUGUGUACCCAAACAAGGAAUGGGUUCGUGACAUUGGUGGAAAGCAACAGGUUCGUGCUCAGUCAUCGAGACACUUGAAUUCCACAUCUGUCUCUGGGAGCCAGCUGUUCUUUUAUGGGGGGAAGAAAGCAGCUUUGGCGAAACAUGUGAUCUUUCCUAGCAGAGCCUCCGGCCUCCCGGGUGGUUGUCGUGUGGGUGAGCAUUCGGUGAUGUUUUGUGUUUUAAAGAGUGAUACAGUAGGAGUGGUGAUGUGGCCUAGGACUUUCCUUCCUUGACCAACGCUGAUCUCUUGGGCUAAACUUAGCCUCUCCUUGAGUUUGCUCACAGAGAAGGACACAGUUCACCAUCUGAGCCCAAUAAAGACGGAAUCCGCGCAA